UGGUGUUUGCUAUGUCUGGCCGCGGCAAGGGCGGGAAGGGCCUGGGCAAGGGCGGCGCCAAGCGCCACCGCAAGGUGCUGCGCGACAACAUCCAGGGCAUCACCAAGCCCGCCAUCCGGCGGCUGGCCCGGCGCGGCGGCGUCAAGCGCAUCUCCGGCCUCAUCUACGAGGAGACCCGCGGGGUGCUCAAGGUGUUCCUGGAGAACGUGAUCCGGGACGCCGUCACCUACACGGAGCACGCCAAGCGCAAGACGGUCACGGCCAUGGACGUGGUCUACGCGCUCAAGCGCCAGGGCCGCACCCUCUACGGCUUCGGGGGCUGAGCAUUCCCAUCUCCCCACCGGAACGCUGCGAUUCUCAACCAAAGGCCCUUUUCAGGGCCACCUAUCUAGUCGCCAAAGAGUUGCUCACUUUUCUGUAGGUGCCGUCUUAUCCUGGUGUCGGUGUGGCUACUGUGUUUAUAAUUUGCAAGUUACAUUGUUUCUGUUGACUUGUUGGUCUGUUGUCAUAAUUAACUGCCCCCUACAUCCUCAAAUUUGAUGCCUUAUGCCCGUCGGUUUGUAGUGAGAGGUGCUAUGGGGGAGAUGGCGUGUUUGCUUCUCUCAACUGCGUUCCAUCCAGAACUUUUAAAGAUUCAGAGAAAUUUUAGUGUACUUGGGAUAGAUGUCCUUAUAAAGGUUUAUAUUUUAACGAGUGUCUGGACUUAGUGUCUCAGUCUUAGACUUAAUAAGUCACUUCCUUCCAGUCGCAGGGAG